ACGAAAAUCUUGAGGCAACUGCCGCAAAAAUCAUCAAAGAUGUUUCAGACAAAAUUGAUGAAAGAAUGGAUUCAAAAACUUUUAUGCUUGAAAAGCAAAAAGAAAAAAUUAAUGAUGAAAAAAGCUUUCAAAAGUAUUCAUUUCCAAACUUCAACGUUGGAAAUCCAUCUCUAGGAAGUUCUAAAAGUCCAAAUGCAUUAUCAUGGCCUUUUGGAUCAAUUCCAAAUGACCAAUAAAGGUCAAAUGGAAAACCUUUUUAGAAAUAUAAAUCUAGAAAUCUCUAGACUUUAUUUCUGUCUAGAAAGAAAUAAUCAAAGAAUUUAUGAAUUACAUUCGGAUUGGAGCAUUCAUCCUUCUGAAAAAAUUCUUGAACUAACUGAUCUAAAAAGAAAAAAUUCUUUUAUUGAAAAAGAUAUUCAAAUAUUAAAGGAUAAAAAGAUUACUUUAUCUUGUGGAUAAAAUGAGUUCUAUCACUCAAAAAUUAGAGCAAAUUCUAGAUGAACAAUUGGAUACCCUUCCAAUUGAACAGAUAAAAGAACUUGUUAGUCUCAUUACUUUAGAUAACGAAGAAUGUGAACAAAAGUUUUCUGAAGAUAAAAUCUUAAAUGAAAGAUAUUUUUCUGAAAAUAAAGAACGAAUCUUUGUUUUAAAUAAUGAAGAACCAAGAAACUUUCCUAUAAAGAAAGAAGAACCCGAAACUGAAGAAAGCUCUUCAGAUAUGGAAAUGUCUCCAAGACAGAGAGCAAACAAUGCUUUUACUAGCAAAAGUAACAGGCAUAGAAAAAAGGAUACAGAAUUUUCCAUGCCAUACCAUAAGGGUAUACCUGAUUCUAAUAGUAAUGGUAGUGCAACUACUAUUAAUACUAUUAAAAUUGAUUGUAUCUUCAACCUCGACAAAAGAAAAGAGGUAAUUGAUAAAUGGAACACUGAGAUCAGUCUAAUCAUUCAGACUAAUUCAGAAGAGUUCUCUAAGGCUAAGGCUUUAUUAUUAUUAUUAGAACAUAAGUCUGCAGGAAUUGUACAAAACUUCAUCAAAGGAACAACUUGGGAUGAAAAUUUACAAGGUAUUGCUAAAUGAAGAAUCUCAGUUAUUAACUACAUCCACAUGCCCAAGAUGAUCAUUAUCAAUAAAAAGAAAAAGGUAGUCAUG